UUCCGGAGUCUCCCCCCUUCUGGUGUCGGGCUUGCUUUUCAGCCGAGGCCGACCCGCUUCUUUUCCAGGAAGGCGCCCGCCUCCCCUCCGCACCUUUCGAUAUCUAGAGGAUGCUGGAAACCCUCCCCGUGGGAGUCUCUGGGUCUCCCGUGGGUGGGAAGAGUUUCUCCGGAGCACGACUUCCGGCCUGAAAGGGAAGCCCGCUCCCUUGUCGCCCAGACUGAUUCCUCCCCCCAAAUCCCCGCCACGCGAGGCUGCGGCGCACGGUAUGGGUGUAUUUGUGUGUGUUUGUAUGGGGAGGGCGUUUGGAGGGAAGGUUACCGGGAGCUCCAUGGCCACUGGGGGGCAGGGAUCCCGGUGACAGAGACGGGGGUAUUUUCUCUGUCUUCCACUUGGAAGCCUCAACCCCCUCCCCCUCUUCGGGCACUCUGGGUGUUUCUUGGGGCCCAUUCGAGGGUUGUACCCGUCCAGAGCGUCCCCAUCCUUUCGGGAGAGCGAAGCCCAGUCCUCGGGUCCGUCCCAGAGGAGCGUGAGCGGGGCAUGCCCCCAUGCCCGUCAAGCCGGCUGUCCGGAUUCCGCGCCGGCGCAGCCUCCGGCCUCGGCCCGGAAAGAGAUCUUCCUGUCGGUGUGGGCUGGGGGAAAGGCAGCCGUGGCCUGGGCCACGGGUGAGGGCAGAAUAACCGGUGGGAAGGCUGCAUUUUCACGAAGGACUCGGGUGAAGCUGCAGAGCUGCCUUUGAGCCCUGACUCCUUGGCUUCCUGGGUCGGAGGAGAUCUUGUAAUGGAGUGGUUCUUCGUCUCACACUAGCAAGAUGCCUGAUUUCCUCAGGAUCGAGGGAUUGAAGAAUGUCCCGUGUUCCAUUGGGGAAAGUCCUCCUGAGGAAUGUCAUCCGGCACACAGAUGCUCACAAUAAGAUUCAGGAGGAAUCAGAUAUGUGGAAAAUAAGAGAACUGGAGAAACAGAUGGAAGAUGCUUACCGGGGGACCAAAAGGAAAAUGUUACCCAGUAGUUCAAGCCGGAUGCGUAGUGAUGGUUUUGAUGAAGAAAGUCAAAGAGACUAUUGGAGGCCAAAGAAUGAAAUUUCUGGGGCACUGGAAGAUGAUUUUCUUAAGGCUAAAUCCUGGAAUAAGAAGUUAUAUGAUUAUGAAGCUAAUAUGCCAGACAGAUGGGGUCACAGUGGUUAUAAAGAGUUAUACCCUGAAGAAUUUGAAACAGACAGUAGUGAUCAGCAAGAUAUUACCAAUGGGAAAAAAACAUCUCCCCAAGUAAAAUCAUCUACCCAUGAGUCUCACAAACACAAGAAGUCAAAGAAAUCUCACAAAAAAAAGCAGAAAAAAAAGUCGCACAAAAAACAGAAGAAAAGCAAAAAAGAAGCCACGGAUAUAACAGCAGAUUCCUCAAGCGAGUUCUCAGAAGAAACCGGGGCUUCUAGUACCAGGAAAAGGAAACAGUCACAUAAGCGCAAGAAAAAAUCCAGGAAAAAGUCUCUCAAAAAAUCUGCUUUAUUCUUGGAUGCAGAAAGUGACACUUCCCAGUCAGAUGAUUCCGCAUCCAGCAGUUCUGAGGAAGGUGAGGAAAGAGACACUAAGAAAACCAAAAGGAAAAAGACAGAUAAAAAAGUCCAUAUCCCUAUAGUUAACAAUGAAAUACAGGAGAGGACGAACAAACGCACAAAUUGGAAAGUGGCUACAGAUGAAAGGUCUGCAGAGAGUUCAGAGGAUGACUAAAUGAGGAGAUAUUCUCCAUUUCCCAUCUGACUGGUUACUUACAGCUCUUCCACCUUGGGGUUUUGCCAGUGACUCUGUUGCCUGGCACAGGGGCCCUGAGGUCAGAGCUGUCCUGUGCCAUCUAUCUACAUUCUGACAGACUUCUUGUCUUCUGUUUUGGCCUGUUAAACUUGAUCCUCUUAUUGUUAAUAGGGAAUCUGGUAUUUUGUUAUGAAGUUUUCUUGAAGAGAUUAUUUUUUGCAAUUAAUCACAUUUAGGGUAGAGUGCAAAUGCAACAAAUUGAAGGACCCAGAAAGCUGAAUCCCAGUAACAACCUGGGUACACCAAAUGGGAUGUAGAAUUUGGGGAAAGCAAGGGCUGGGAUCAAGAGGUGGAUUGGAACUGGUGCUGUGUACAAUGUUGGAACAUCGUAUUGCUCUGUUUAUAUAGCAGGUGCCACAACUUUGUCUUCAGCCUUGGUGCUUUGAUCUUUCCGUAUUUAGGCCUCAUAGAUGUGGUCCAGUUUAUUUAAUGAGAAAAUGAGUAAAGAGCAAGACAUUUUUCCUUCAUGAUAACAUCCAUUAGACAGCUGUUAUUAUGAGACUAGGGUUUUCUGUCAAAUUUCCCUGCUGCACAGGGUCUGUGGCUACACUAAGUAUACCCCUAAACAUGGUAAUUGGUUUAGUAAAUGGUUUUCUACUUCCUGUAUAUGGCCUAAAUGGACUUGUGUUCGAAGUUAUUUCUUCAGUUGUUUUGGUUAAGUCCUCAACCAAAUGGGAUAAAAUUAGGAAUUAGUCAUGCUGUCUGAUGGUGCUCUGAACAGCAUUCAGGGUAGCAGCUGCCAUUUAAAUAUUAUCUUCCUUGUUCAUUUCUAAGUCUAUUAAUGAAAUUUAGAUUUUCCCUGAAACUAGGUUGAACCAGUUCCAAAAUGCAACAGGCUUCUCAGGGACUCACCCACUUCUUCCCAGUUUGCCUUCUGAUUAAAGCACCAAGCAGAAACCAUAUUAUUUCCCUUUCCUAUAUACUGUAAUCCCGACUGUUAAUUCUUAAGAAACCAAAAUAUCACUGAAAAAAGGCUGGCGGAACACAAGUGAAUUUUUUCAUUAUGACAGAAUACCAAGUGACAUAUCAUUGUUUUUUCUGGUUGUCACUUCAUGGUCUUGGUAGAAAGCUUGAAAACUCAGACUUUUGUUCUUGGUUCUGCCACUAAUUAGUUAUGAGGUCCGGAAAAGGUGAGUUAACCUCCCUGGCCUUACUUUCCCCGUGUAUAAUACAGAAAUACUUCAUGGUAGCAUGACAGUGUAAGACACCAGCAAUAGAAUAUAACUGUAACAACAUUCCAUGAGGUGGUAAUAUUUUACAGUUCUAACUACUAAAUUUAUUCUCUUUACAGAACAGAUGUCUAAUAAAAUGUUUAGUCAUAAAAUACAUGGUUGGCUAGAGGUUCCCUAUCCCUUGAUUAUAAGCAGGUGCUACCUUUGGGGAUAUUUACUUGAAAUAUUAAUACUUUGGUACUCAAUUGUCAAUGUUCCAUGGCGUAUAUUUUUACCUUUGGGAUUAGUAGGGGCCCAAGGUGGGGCAAACAGUUUGUAAUUACUACCUCUUAACCUAAAGACAAAUUGUUUUGUUCUUGGAAUAAGUGAAAUCUUUGUUGGAAGGAGUUUUCAGCACGUAUUUUUUUUAGCAUUGUUUCUGUGCUAUAAAAGUACUGAUUCUAGCACAGACUCAGGAAGAUGGGCCAGUGGAACAGGCAUCUUCAGGAAGUUGGUUCUGCUUCAGUCUUGACCUUCCCUUCCUCCCAUACUAGCAGGCCUAUUUCUUUCCCAAAAAUACACAUCCUGCCUGUUUUGUUUUUGCCAUGUUUACUUUUUCUUGGUCAUAUAUAAGCAAUAAAGCUGUUUUCUGUUCUUCA